GCUGUGAUUGGACGCAGGCGGCGAUAAAUGCUGCGUCAUCGGCGACGUAACACACACACGCACAGGAAGCAGCUUCGGGUCAGUCGGGCUACCUGUGUUGACCAGGGCUUCAGCGCAGAGACAUGGCUCCUGGAAUUCAUUUGGGGACCUUCUUGCUGUUUUGUUUGGUUCAAGCAGAGCAUGUGUGCGGUUCGUGGGCUGCACAAGCCCAGAGACAAAACGGCAAAGCAUUUGUUGGCUUCUCGCAGCAGGACGUCGGCGCCGGCAGCUCUCCCCGGAAUCAAUUCAGACAGGCCUCCGUUUCCCUGGGCUCGGCCCCGAGCAGCAGCAGCAGCAGCAGCAGCAGCAGCAUCAGCCGCCUCUUCAAUCCAGCGCCUGUCGGUAGCAGUGGCCGCACACAAACUGGGCCACAGCCGGCCCCCGGUGGCUACGCUCCAGUCAGGUCGUUGCAGGGCGGCUGGGUGUCCAAACCCAACUGGAGGCCCACCGACUCGAAGCUGGCGAGUGCUCAAGGUGUGCCCAAAAAGCAGUUGUCUGUACUUUCUACUUCUAUCGCCAGUGGAAGUUCUGUGAGUGUGCACACACUGAAAAAGAAAGCCCAUACCGAUGUGAGCGAGAGGAGAACUUGGCCAGGCGAGGGGGCGUCGGCCUCCCGCCACCAGUCUGCAGCACAGAAGCCUCCCAGUCGGUCUUCCAGCAUGUUGGGUGCGGGUGCUCCGGUGCCCCACAAUUCUGUAAAGAGGCGCACUUCGGCCACCGCCCCCGCCAGACGAGUGUCUUCACAGCGCAGAGCCAAGGAGUUUAGACAAGCUCAGAUCACAUCCCCUGAAAAUGAGAGAAAGGGAAACCCCAACUGGAGCAAGCUGUUUCCUCCUGUGACGGGAGGAACUGCCCAAGGAAGCUAUAAGCCUACUUCCAACAUGGCCUCGAGUCUCGCAAGUUAUCCCCGGGCACCCUACAAACAAAACGCUGCCGUUUUUCAGCCACGCGGUCUCAGCCCACCCACAAGCCAGAGGUUUGGCUCCAGUGAGCAGACCCCCGGCAGUACGAGCUCUGUGCGAGCGGGAAGCUCCCCUCAGCGCUACGCCCCGACCAGGACCCUCAACAUCCCUUGGUCCUUCGGUGGCUCACCCAUCAAGCGGCUGAAAGGGUCAGUUGUCCAGAAGCCACAAGUGAAGCACACGGCUGCGUCUCACAACCUGCAGGGUCAAGGUGUUCAACAGAAGCCACAAGUGAGGCACACGGCUGCGUCUCUCAACCUGCAGGGUCAAGGUGUUCAACAGAAGCCACAAGUGAAGCACACGGCUGCGUCUCACAACCUGCAGGGUCAAGGUGUUCAACAGAAGCCACAAGUGAGGCACACGGCUGCGUCUCUCAACCUGCAGGGUCAGGGUGUUCAACAGAAGCCACAAGUGAAGCACUCGGCUGCGUCUCUCAACCUGCAGGGUCAUGGUGUUCAACAGAAGCCUCAAGUGAGGCACACGGCUGCGUCUCUCAACCUGCAGGGUCAAGGUGUUCACCCAGAGAGCAAAUGGCAGAGGAUCACCAGGCCGCGUCCAACUGCCUAACAGGUGCAGCAGAAGGACUUGUCCUUGUUUGUGUUUUUGAAAUAAAUUCUUAAUCCAA